GCGCGGAGCUCCCGCCCCGUCGGGCGGUGCCAAAGGCGGAGGCGGUGCCUCGCUCCGACCCCGACACGCCAAGAUGGCGGCGCCCGCGGCCCGGCGGGGGAGCUGAGGGAGGGCGCGCGCAGAUACCAUAACCUUAAGAAUGCAGUUGGUUUAUCAAAGAGUUGGCCCUUGUUCCUCAUGUUUGAAGAGACAACUAAAUGGCUUCCUGGGAUUAAUUAAAUGGCAGAGAAGACUGGUUCCUGCUUGUGUGAGAACGAUUUACAGUGAGACGGGGAAAUGGGAAAAAAACUAUGGGCUGGAGACAAGGAGACGAGUUGAAAAUUGGUGGUUCCCAAGAAUAAAGGAUCAGUUCUGCAGAAUUUCAGAAACUGAUAAAUCAAGACCAAAAUUUUAUGUGCUUUCUAUGUUCCCAUAUCCUUCUGGGAAGCUUCACAUGGGCCAUGUUCGUGUCUACACCAUCAGUGAUGCAGUAGCUCGGUUCCAGAAAAUGAGAGGGAUGCAGGUGAUAAAUCCAAUGGGAUGGGAUGCCUUUGGUUUACCAGCAGAAAAUGCUGCAGUUGAACAUGGCCUUCACCCUGCAAGCUGGACUCAAAGUAACAUUCAACACAUGAGGAAACAGUUUGAUGCACUAGGUCUGUCUUUUACCUGGGAAAGGGAGGUGACCACUUGCUUACCAGAGUACUACAAAUGGACACAGUAUCUCUUUCUUAAGCUUUUUGAAGCUGGGAUAGUGUAUCAAAAAGAGGCCUUGGUUAACUGGGAUCCAGUGGAUCAGACUGUUCUAGCUAAUGAACAGGUGGAUGACAAUGGUUGCUCAUGGCGUUCAGGAGCAAAAGUGGAGCAGAAAUACCUCAAACAGUGGUUUAUCAAGACAACUGCUUAUGCAAAGGCCAUGUUUGAUGCUUUAUCUGAUCUCCCUGAGUGGUAUGGUAUCAAAGAAAUGCAAGCAAAUUGGAUAGGUGACUGCAUUGGGUGCUCUCUUGACUUCUUGCUAAAGGUUAAUGGUAAAGUAACAGAAGAGAAGCUAGCAGCUUACACCUAUACCCCUGAAGCCAUUUUUGGAGCUUCCCAUUUAUAUAUCUUACCAACUCACAGACUGCUGCAUGGGAAUAGCAGUCUCAAGGAAGUCUUUCAGAGGGAGUUCAUCCCAGGGAAAGACUCACUUACUUCAGUGACAGCUGUGAAUUUGCUUACCAAUCAGGAGAUUCCUGUAGUCAUCUCAGCAAAAAACAAUUUUGAUAAUUACCUUGAUACUAAAAUAGGAAUUCCUAGUACUAGUGCAGAAGAUGCUGCAGUAGCUAGGAAUCUGGGCAUUUCUUUCACUGAAGUCAUUGAGACAUUACCAAAUGGUGUGGAGAAGGUCAUUAAUUCUGCAGAGAUCACUGGCAUGACUCGGCAGGAGGCUUUAAAAGCUAUUACUCAGCAGGCCAAAAAUAAAAGAAUAGGUGGAGACCUAACGAGUGACAAACUGAGAGACUGGUUAAUAUCUCGACAGCGCUACUGGGGAACGCCCAUCCCAAUCAUUCACUGCCAGGCGUGCGGCGCUGUCCCCGUGCCUUACGAGGACUUACCUGUGGUGCUGCCCAAUGUGACCACCUUCACAGGAAAGGGAGCCUCACCUUUGGAAAGCGCCCCAGAAUGGGUGAACUGUUCCUGUCCAAGGUGCAAGGCAGCAGCACGGCGAGAAGUCGAUACCAUGGAUACAUUUGUUGAUUCUGCUUGGUACUACCUGAGGUACACUGACCCUCACAACACAGACAGGCCCUUUAAUAGUGACUUAGCAGACUACUGGAUGCCUGUGGAUUUGUACAUCGGAGGAAAGGAGCAUGCAGUUAUGCACUUAUUCUAUGCAAGGUUCUUCAGCCAUUUUUGCCAUGAUCUGAAGCUGACUAAACACAAGGAGCCUUUCCAUAAGCUCUUGGUUCAAGGUCUUAUCAAGAAUCAGACAUUCAGACUAACGACAACAGGCCAGUGUUUGAAGAGAGAGGAGGUUGAUCUCACUGGAAGUGAACCAGUUCACCUAAAAACUGGAGAGAAGCUUCAAGUUGCUUGGGAAAAAAUGAGCAAAUCUAAGUACAAUGGAAUAGACCCUGAGGAAAUAGUGAAAGAGUAUGGCAUUGACACCCUGCGCCUUUACAUUCUGUUUGCUGCUCCUCCAGAACAAGACAUUUUGUGGGAUGCUAAAACUGAUGCCAUGCCUGGUGUUCAGAGAUGGCAGAUGCGCCUCUGGGCACUUGUAACCAAACUUAUUGAAGCAAGGACUUCAGGAACCAUGCCCAAUCCUGAGCUUCUGAGUAAGAAAGAGAAGGCUGAAGCCAGAAAGAUCUGGGAGCAGAAGAAUCUGGUGAUUUCUGAGGUAACCGAGUACUUCACGAAGGAUCAUUUGUUCAAUGCAGCUAUUUCCCGAUUGAUGAGCCUCACAAAUGUACUCCAUCAAGCUCCUCGGCCUCUUGUUCUCCACAGCACAGAAUUUGAAGAUGCUUUGGCUUCACUCUGCAUUAUGGUUGCACCUAUGGCUCCCCACAUUGCAUCAGAGAUGUGGAAAGGUUUGGCACACUUGCAGAAUAAACUUUGUACUCAUCAUCACUGGGAUGUUGAUGUUCUGCAUCAGUCCUGGCCCAAAGUAGACCCAGAUUACCUUCAGCCAUCAGAUGUUGUGGAGAUGUCUGUACUGAUAUCCUGGAUGGAAUCCAGGUGAAAACCAGUCGUGAACAUUUUUUAUGUCCAAACUGCUUGAAGCAAUUUGUGUUUCUUUUAGAAGAUUGACAUCUCCUUGAAAUGAUGCCUAGAAGUCAGAAAUCUGCAGUAACUAUACAGACUAUUGUGCAAGUAAUGUGAUUGACUGCAUUAAAAAAUUCAAAUUAUUUCAUUUUCUAAAAUGUGUGAUUGACCUUCUUCUCAUUAAGCCACUGAAAAUAGUCCAUAUAAAUCUGAAAGCCUUUGUAAUAAUUAAUUUUAUGUCAGCUCCAGAAAGGUACUCAAUAAGGCUCUGUAGUCUAUCUCCGUUAUCUACCCUUACUGGAUGACAGAAAGGAUUUAUAAAACCAUUUUAUAAACUAAGGUGAUUUCCAGCAAAGGGCUUACUCUGUUUUACUUAUGUGAUUCUGCCCUGCUGAAGCAAAAGCUGCAUUGAAAACCAGCCACACACAGGAAAAUGUUACUUAGUGAGCAGCUGACGUCUUUGCGGUCAGUGUUGGAUUAAUGAGCCAUGGGUUGAGUGCAGCAUAUAACAAUGAGUGCAACAUACACUAAGUUAAAGCCUAUUUUUCUAAAAAUAAUAAAUCUUCCAUUUGAAUCUCUGCAAGACAUUGCUUAGCUGUAAAGAAUCCAAGUUGCUGCCCAGAAGUAUGUCCAAACCAAGACUCCCACCCGACAUUUUAUGCAGCUUAUGUGACUGUCACGUUUUUAAAAUUAGAAGAUCACUGCAUUGCACGGUCACAUGCUGCUUGCUGUCUUCAAAACUGAGACUUCCUGUGGCCACUUCUCCAAUUUUUUUUGAGUAUCAUGAAUCAGAGUUUUAUCUUAUGGUAGACAGGAGAUAGGAAGAAUUUUAUCCUCUGCGUAGAAAGUGUGGGUUUGGA